AUGAGACAACAUCUUAUUUGGCUUUUAUAUUGCUUUUAUAUUUCUGUUACAUUAAUUCAAACACGAAUUUUAUACGAAUGUAACUUCGACAAUGCGAUUAUCACGAAUAGUUGCUUUAUUGGUUCGAAUGUUUAUAUAAUUCCAUCAAAAGGUGUUGGAAAAGCGAGUAGAGACAUUCCAAUCGCGCCUUUAUCAGAUGUUACUUCAAGUCUUAAAUUAACAAGUAAUGGUCAGAAAUGUAAAUUACCGUACAAAAUCAAUUCAUUUUCAUGGAGUAUGUACUUUUGUAAUGAAGGAUUCUGUCCGACACAAUCGAAUCAAAAGACUGCGUGUAAUCCAGGUCAAUUUGGGUAUUAUGAAUUCAGGGCCAACGCUCAUAAGAUUAGUUUUCUUCUCAAUACUCCAUCAAGUGGAAUCAAUGGCGUUAAUCGACAAUGUCUUAUUUACUAUUAUUAUCUGACAAAUUUACCUAGUAUGGUUGAUAAGAUCACUGUAAGAAAAAUUGAAACGAUUGGUGGAAGUUCAGUCAUUGAUGCAGUGACAGAUAGUUCACAAAAUGGAUGGAUCGAACGAAGAGUGUCGUUUAAUGCUGCAAGAACGGGAUAUAAAAUCUAUUUUGACUUAGAACGAGUAUCAGGGCCAAUUCUGUCUCAAUCCUAUAUUGCUAUUGAUGAAAUUUCAAUUCAUCAAGAUGAUUGUUCUCGUGUAACAACAACAUUAUCCACGACGAUCAAAACAACAUCAACUAGCACAACUACAACAACAAGAUCUUCAUCAAUAACUACUACAACGUCAACAUCAACUGUUGCAGCACUGACAUUAGUAACAACAUCGCCAACAACGAUAACUGCCACUAAGAUUCCAACAACAUUACCAAUUGUUCAAACUACAAUUAGUACCAUGUUUACCACAAUGACUGAGUCCAUUGCUACGACUUCAUCGACAAUAUUAGAAUCAGUGAUAACGAACACGGAGAUUACUAUAACUCCAUCAACGCCUACCGAAAUUAGUACAAUGCUAUCAACUGUAACGACUAGCCGUGUUACUCAAUCGUCAACUAUUCUAACUACACCAAUCACAUUAACAGACUAUUUAACUACUGCAAAAACAUCAAUACCAUUAUCCACAACGCCAGUUUCACAGUUCAGUUAUAUUCCGACCACUGUAUCAACAACUAGCACUCGUCCUGCCACAUCGUCUACAGUGCAAUUGAUCACAACUAUUAGUCAAGAUAACGACAAAGAUUCCUCGGAUAAGACUCUCAUACUUGCUCUGAGUAUUGCGAUACCAUCUUUAUUCAUUGUCGCAGCUGUAAGUAUUACUGUCUGGAUAAAGGCAUCUAUGUCGGCAGGAACUGGUCUUCUUGGUAGUGCAGUUCAACCAUUUACUAAUAUAGCUAAACAUAAUGAAUUGUCAACAUUUGUGGAAAUGGAUGAACUCAGUGAAAGUCAUCAUUUUUAG